GAGGAUGGACCUCAACAUGGCCAGACUGCUCCACCAGAAAUGGAAGGACACUGUGCAGGAGAAGCAGAGACAAGCAGCACUCUCCUACCAUCUACUACAAGAGAGCUCUGUCCACUGGGGCGAAUCACAGACGGCCAAAACCGGGCUCAGGGACGGGUCACGCCCAGCUCACUUCCUGAUUGGUCCAGACGGCUUUGCGUCUCCGAGUGGCCAAUCGGAGGCUCGGGAUGAGUUGCCAAUCCUGGACCACUGGAGUGUGUCCCGCCCUCAUGUCUCUCUCAGAGACAUCAUGACUGAAGAACGGGCUCUACAGGAGAACAUGGAGAGGUCUGGUCCAGGUGGUGUUAUCAGGAGAGAUGGAGCUGCCAUGAUGAAGGAGACUCAGCUCUUUGACCUGUUCCCCAGCAUAGACAGACACUUCCUACAGGACAUCUUCAGAGAUCACAAUUACUGUCUGGUGCAGACGGAGCAGUUUCUGAGGUCUAUGUUGGACGAGGGCCCUGUUAGAAACGCCCCGUGGCCCCAGAGCACACACCCCGUACUCACAGCAAGGAUCGAGACAAGAAGCGUGCAGCUGCAGCGCCAGUGGCCCCUCCCCCAUCCCUCUCUCAGUACCAGGAUGUGGAGGACCCAGAGUAUGAAGACUUCCGAGCCGAGGCCAGGCUCCAGAGAGGAAGACAGCUGGAGAGCUUCAGCAAGGCUGCAGAGGCUUACAGACAGGGACGCAGAGGUGUAGCUUCCUACUAUGGACAA